GAAGAGGUGACCAGCAAGAAAAAGACAACAAAACUGCCACAAUUUCCUCUCUGACUCCCUUUCUCCAACUCUUCCUCUCCCUUUUCUCUCCUCUUCUUUUUUCCUUCCCUUUCUUCUUUCAUAAAUCUCCCCUCUUUAAAAAUACCAUCCGCGUAUCUCCCAACAAUGGCUUCUCUAAGAGCUGCCGCGCAAUUGCGUCCAAUGGCUUCAAGAAUCCUUUCACGAACAGGACGAACAUACGCCACGACAAGCGCCAAACCAUUUCAAAUCGCCGGUGAACCAGAGGCUCCAGUUGUCAAGACCGCCAUCCCAGGUCCAGAAUCCCAAAAGGCAAUUGCAGAAUUGGAUAAAGUCUUUGAUACCCGGAGUGUAAACAUGCUUGCCGAUUAUCAAAAGAGUGUGGGUAACUACAUUGCGGAUCCAGAUGGAAAUGUGUUGUUGGAUGUGUAUGUUCGCAUUUACUUUAUUAUUGAACGCAUCACAGGACACUGACGAGAAUGAUAGUUAUGCACAAAUUGCAUCAAUCCCGCUUGGUUACAAUAAUCCUCAGCUUCUCAAAGCCGCACAGACCGAACAAAUGGCAUCUGCCAUCAUAAACCGCCCCGCUCUCGGAAACUUCCCUUCGCACGAUUGGGCCGAGAUUAUUAAGACGGGUGUUCUGAAGGUAGCACCAAAGGGUCUUGAUCAGGUGUUCACUGCCAUGGCAGGUUCAGAUGCCAAUGAGACUGCAUACAAGGCUGCAUUUAUGUAUCGUCGGCAACAAGAGCGUGGGGGUGCACAUGUGGAAUUCUCCGAUGCAGAUAUUGCUUCAUCUAUGCUUAAUCAAGCACCAGGCGCUCCUCAGUUAUCUAUCCUGUCUUUCAAGAGUGCUUUCCAUGGACGUCUCUUCGGUUCCCUUUCUACCACUCGCAGUAAGCCAAUUCACAAACUCGAUAUUCCUGCUUUCGACUGGCCACAAGCUACUUUCCCAAUUCUCAAAUACCCACUUGAGGAUCACGUCGAGGAGAACAAGAAGAUUGAAGAGGAGGCUCUUGCCGAUGUUGAACGUAUCAUCACUACCCAUCACCUCCCACCUUGUGCCGUCGUAGUUGAACCCAUCCAAUCAGAGGGAGGAGACAAUCACGCAUCUCCAGCCUUCUUCCGCGGUCUCAGAGCCCUCACUAAGAAACACAACGUCCUCCUGAUCGUCGAUGAAGUUCAAACCGGUGUAGGUGCUACCGGUAAGUUCUGGGCUCACGACCAUUGGAACCUUGACACCCCUCCCGAUAUCGUCACCUUCUCCAAGAAAGCCCAAACAGCUGGUUACUACUAUGGCAACCCCGAGCUCCGCCCUAACAAACCAUACCGUCAAUUUAACACCUGGAUGGGAGAUCCAGCCCGUGCCCUCCUCUUCCGUGCUAUCAUCGAGGAAAUAGAGCGUUUGGAUUUGGUUAACCACACCGCCAGGGUCGGAGACUAUCUCUUUAAAGAACUUGAAAACCUCGCCAAGAAAUAUCCAGGGGAUAUCCAAAACUUAAGAGGUAAAGGACAAGGAACUUUCCUCGCCUUUGACAGCAACCGCAGAGAUGAAGUAGUCAAGAAGGCUAAGGGUGUUGGCAUCAACAUUGGUGGUUCUGGCGAGCGAGCCAUUCGUCUCAGACCUAUGUUGAUUUUCCGAGAAGAUCACGCCAACAUUUUGUUGGAGCGCCUCGAGAAGAUUUUCAAAUCCUAGUUUUUCCCUAGGUACCGCUGCUUCACUUCCUCUUCUUGAAGUGGAGUUUUAAAGCGACAAAAGGAGAUUUGCUUUCUCACACACCAAAUCUUUUUGGGGCUUCAGUAUUUUUGAUUUUUGAUUUUUGAUUUUUUGAUUUUUUUUGAAACGUUUUUUUGACAUUGGUUUUUGCAUUUGGAUACGGAAAUGAAAAUGUAAUUUAGCCUGGGUAAAUGUGCUUGGAGUUUUCAGGUUGGAUCACCACUUGCGUUAAUCGCGCGGUGAAGAUGAGAUGAAAUGAGCACGCAGGUUUGCAUUGCAUAUGCAUUUUUGGAAUAUGAAAUAUGGGAGAUGAAAUCUAGGACAUCUGAGGAGAUAAACAUGAGAGAUAUUAGUAUGAGGAUGAAUAUCAGAGAUAUGACGGGAGCAAAAUUUUGCUCACGUUCAAAGAAUUUUGGAUUGUUUGAAUGUCAAUGUGGAUGUGAAUAUAGAAAUCAAAUCGAGUGAAUAUUCUUU